CACCCCCGCCCCUGCAACGUGAAGCCGCUCCCCUCCUUCUCUUCCUCGCGCAGCGACUGAUGCAACGUGCUCCUCUCCAUUGACGAGCUGAUGGAUGAAUUGGAAAAGUAAACAACGGCAGCUUUCCUCUUCCUUUGCGGACCUUCGGAGACGCCGCCGACGGCCCGAUCGAGGGGAAAUUCCUCAGGCUUUUCCUCUCGCCGGCGACGCCAUGAGCCUGCCGGGCCGGCGAACGUGACCGGCACAAUUGAAGAGACGCCCGGUCGAACGUACGACAUGGACCAGGUCGACGGAGAGCCCGCGGCCGCCAACGUCAGUUACCCCGACGCCGUCGACAGCUACGAGGACUCUGCGGCCGACCUUCGGUCGAGAGGCGCCGCCUUCUCCGAAGACCCCACCCGACUUCCCGGCGUGCAGGUGGUCUUGAUCGCGGCCUACAGCGCCAUCAUCCUGCUGGGGCUCGCCGGGAAUUCUCUGGUCAUCUACGUCAUCUACCGCUUCAAGUCGCUGCGCACCGUCACCAACUUCUUCAUCGCCAACUUGGCAGUCGCCGACCUCCUGGUGAACGCGCUGUGUCUCCCGUUCACGCUGGUCUACACGCUUCAGGGCGAGUGGCAGUUGGGCGGCGCCCUCUGCUUCCUGGUGCCCUUCGCCCAGGGCCUCGCCGUUCACGUAUCUACGCUGACCCUCAACGUCAUCGCCCUGGAUCGCCACAGGUGCAUCGUUCACCACCUGGAGACCAGGAUGCGGAAGGACACGUGCUUCGGGGUCAUCGCGCUCACGUGGCUGCUGAGCGCAGCGCUCGCCAGCCCCCUGGCCAUCUUCCGAGAGUACGGAUCCUUUCCGCUGGGCCAGGGGCGCAGCAUCCAGGCGUGCGCGGAGAAGUGGCCCGGGUCCAGCGCGGAUGGGACGGUCUACAGCGUCUCCAUGCUGGUGCUGCAGUACUUCCUUCCGCUCGCCAUUAUCUCCUUCGCUUACGCCCGCAUCUGGUCCAAGCUGCGAGGUCACGUCAGGCCGGCAGAGGCCGGGGGCGACGGAGCGUCCGGGGGUUCCGAGCGCCACCGCCGCCGCCGCAAGACCACCAAAAUGCUGGUGACCAUGGUGGCGGUGUUCGCCGUCAGUUGGCUCCCCUACCACGCCUUCCAGCUCGCCACGGACAUCGACAGCGGCGUGCCGGACACGCCGCACUUCCGCCUGCUCUACACGCUUUUCCACGUGGUGGCCAUGUGCUCCACCUUCACCAACCCGCUGCUCUACGGAUGGAUGAACCGCAACUACCGCGCCGCUUUCCUGGCCGCCUUCAGGUUCGGGGAUCGAGGGGGGCGACGCGGGUGCAAAGCCUCCGUCCAAGGUGGCGGAGGGAGGACCAAGGAGGCGGAAGGGAGGCGGGAAGUCGCGUCCGCCUGCCUCAACGCGACUGACGUGUGAACAGAAUGU